UAUUUUAUUCACUAACAUGUAAAUUGUUGUUAUUCAGUGGUAAGAUUUGUAUUUCCUAUAUCAAAACGAAGAUAUUUUUCCUUUUUUGUAGAAUAUUGAUAAGUAAUGUUUUUAAGCCCCUUCCAUUGUUUGAGGCGGCAUCCCAUUUGGUUUUAACAUGUUGUAAUACAGGCUGUACAAGCCAUGGUCCAACAAGCAAUGCAGUAUAUCGACCAGACACCAGAUCUUGAUACUAAAACAGAGCUCAUAAAGACACUUAAUAGCGUAUCUGCAGGAAAGAUAUAUGUUGAGAUAGAGAGAGCUCGCUUGAUUAAGAAACUUGCAAAGAUUAAAGAAGAUCAGGGACUAAUAGCUGAGGCCGCUGAUUUGAUGCAAGAAAUUGCGGUGGAGACGUUUGGUGCAAUGGCAAAAACUGAGAAAACAGCAUUCAUUCUUGAACAAGUUCGUCUGUGUUUAGAUCGCCAAGAUUAUGUGCGUGCACAAAUACUUUCAAGAAAGAUCAGUCCCAGAGUUUUUGAAGCUGAGACUUCUAAAGAGAAGAAAAAACCUAAAGAAGGUGAAAGUGUAGUUGAAGAGCCUCCCGCCGAUAUUCCAUCGCUGUUGGAGUUGAAGAAGAUUUACUACCAAUUAAUGAUCCGGUACCACUCACAUAGUAAUGAUUACCUUGAAAUAUGCCGAUGUUACAAGGCAAUAUAUGAGAUUCCUUCAGUGAAAGAAGACCCAUCGCAAUGGAUACCGGUGUUGAGGAAAAUAUGCUGGUAUUUGGUCUUAUCACCACAUGAUCCUAUGCAGUCUAGUCUUAUUAACUCAACCCUCGAGGACAAGAAUCUUUCAGAAAUUCCUCAGUUUAGAUUACUGCUCAAACAAUUAGUUACCAUGGAGGUCAUUCAGUGGACAUCUCUAUGGAACACUUUCAAAGUUGAGUUUGAGAAUGAGAACAACAUGCUGGGUGGUUCCUUGGGUGAAAAAGCAGCUGAAGACCUCAGACUGAGAGUAAUAGAACAUUGUAUUUCCUUGCAGAACAUCCUUGUUGUCUCAAAAUACUACUCACGUAUAUCCUUGAAGAGGCUUGCAGAUCUACUAUGCCUUGGUAUCCAGGUCUGGCUGCUUGUUUAACAAAUAUCAUUUGUA